AUGUAUCAGCUGUGCGCGCGAAUAGAGAGGGAAGGGUCAAAGGGCAUUACAGACGAUGAGGGACCAUUAUUAGUGAAUGCAUCCCAGAAAGAAAAAUCUUAUGCUGUCAAAGCUAUUCAACAUUGGCAAGUGAGGAUGGAUCGAAUGAGAGAUUCUCUGAAUUCAAUGAAUGAUGAAACUAGUAUUUUGAUCGAAAGUCAACCAAUCACCGGUCAUGCGAUGCAUCCGAAUACGUCUGUAAGUUACGACAGUGGUAUUGGUAUUGGAAUGAAUAUACGGGUGAAUCGUAUGACUGGUAUGGAUUCGCCAAAUGGUUCAAAUUAUGAUAUUUCAGUGACUGAAAUUAUGUUGCGUCGCUUGCAUCUUAGGAGUCUUCCAUCUGAUGAAUCAAGUGAUACCGGAGAUGAAAACAAGGAGAAUAUUUCUCCAAUUCUCGAGCCAACUCAUAAUGUCAGGGCGAGUACUCCUAUUCAUCGUGAUCCGCAAUCCGUUGGCACGGAAAACAUUGUACGAAUUUUUUCACGACCAAUACUUAACGAACAGGAAAGAGAGCGUACACCAUCUGGCUCUUCACCUGUGGGAUCUGAAUCGGUUGUAUUACGCUCACCGCUUCAUUUUUCUAAUUUGUCUCCUAUUCGUGCCACACCCAGACACUCACCAGUGCGGCGCCGAAUAAGGACAGUAACAACAGAGGAAGCAGUGGAUUCCGUAUCUUUGGAAGAUUUGCCAGAAAUAAGUCCUUUUGGACCAAAUGGUACUCCACCGCGAACGCCCUCCCCAAUGUCCUUUGCUGAAAUCCACAAUGAUUCGGGACAUGGGAAUUCGAACGAAGUUACCAUCAACGAGCCGAGCGCAAAUGAACGUUCUAUGAUCAUGGAGGUAGCAGAUAUGACAACAAGCGCGGAUUUUGUUACUCCGCCUUCUAGACCUCCGCUUCCGCCUAUGGCCCCAAGAAAAAAGAAGAUGGAUAAGAGUUCUGUGCGAGCCAUUGAUAGCCCUUCAUUUUUUCCAAAAACUACAGUACGUUUAGGAUUGAAGGAAUCACGAUUUAUGCCUUCUCCCACUAAUAGCAAUAUAUCGUCCAUGGUACUUCGAUCGGCACUGAAGCCACGUCGUUCAACACGUAUUAAAAGAAUGCCGAACCGUUACAGUAUCGAUCAUCGUUCUGAUUUACAUAAGAAGCCAAGAAAAAUAUAA